GAGUUAUAAUUUAACUUCUGGUUGAUGACUUCUGGAUACAAGCCUGAGCAAUAGCAAAAGUUCACAGUAAUUAUUUUUAAAGGACUGCAUAUGAGCAAGAUGUCUAUGAAAAGACUCUCGCUUCUGCUGCUGCUACAGCUGACUUGUUACUUUAGCGGUGGGAGUUGUGGAAAGGUGCUGGUGUGGCCGGUGGAAUUUAGUCACUGGAUGAAUAUAAAGACAAUUCUGGAGGAACUUGUCACGAAGGGUCAUGAGGUGACUGUUCUGAUAUCUUCAGCUUCCACUAUUCCUAAUUCCAGCAAACCAUCUACUAUGAGAUUUGAGACUUUUCCUACAACUUUAACAAAAAGUGAUUAUGAGAAUUUUAUAGAACGUCUUAUUGAGGAAUGGACAUAUGUGGCCAAAGAUUCCUUUUGGUCCUAUUUGGCAACAGUGAAAAGUUUAUUUUGGGAAUUUUUUGAUACUACUUUAAGUAUGUGUAAGGACGCUGUUUCCAACAAGAAAUUAAUGACAAAACUACAGGAAUCAAGGUUUGAUAUCCUUAUUGCAGAUGCCGUUGGACCCUGUGGUGAACUGCUGGCUGAAUUACUUAAAAUACCAUUCGUGUACAGUCAUUACACCUCACCUGGCCAUAUAAUUGAAAAGAAUAGCGGAAGACUUCCAUUCCCACCAUCUUAUGUACCUGUUAUGUUUUCAGAAUUAAGUGAUCGCAUGACAUUCAUGGAGAGGGUCAAAAAUAUGUUAUAUACGCUUUACUUUGACCUUUUCUUCACAGUAUACGACAAUAAGAAGUGGAAUCCGUUUUACAGUGAAGUACUAGGAAGACCUACUACCUUAUCAGAGACAAUGGGGAAAGCCGAAAUGUGGCUCAUUCGAAGCUACUGGGACUUUUCAUUUCCUCGUCCACGACUACCAAAUGUUGAAUUUGUUGGAGGGCUCCACUGCAAACCUGCCAAGCCUCUGCCUAAGGUCACCUACUCCUCCUUGCUGUUCUUUGUGAACUUUGUGUUUUCAAUAGGAAUAUUCUGUAUUCUUUAUUGAGAAUGUUUGAUUACAGGUAGUCAGAUGUGGGAACCUGGAUAAAGUGAGCUUCCACCUAGAAACUGAUGUAUUUCUGUAUCAACACAACUAUCUGAAUUUCAUUAUCAUUACAGAAUUAACUAGAGGACAUGAGACACUUUGAUAAUACAUCAAUUAAACUGCAAUUUCGUUAU